AUGGUUUCAUCACAGCCUAGCUUAGACGCUCUCUACCAACAAGCCUGGAGCGCAAACACAAGUCCCAAGGUCAAACAUUUUCUCUGGAGGUGCAUCAGUAACACUCUACCAGUAGCGGGCAACAUGGUUAAAAGAUACAUUGCUAAGGAUAGCAGCUGUAGUCGAUGUGGGGGCAGUGAAGAAUAUAUAAACCAUGUCCUAUUCCAAUGUCCAUAUGCAAGACGAAUCUGGGCUGAUUCACCUUUUCAUCCUCCUCCUUUUGGCAUCUGGUCAGCCUCUCUACACACCAAUCUCCAAUGGGUCUUGAACCUAACAAAAGAGUUCCCGGAGGAGAUAGUGGAUGCUGACUUAGUGCCAUGGCUGUUGUGGAGGAUAUGGAAGAACAUGAACGAGUUUAUCUUCAUAGGAAAGGACUAUGAUAUCCUUGCAACAAUUGAUAAGGCUAAGGAGGAUGCAACAAAAUGGAAAAAUCGAGAAUAG